UACUCUAGUGGAUGAGAGACAGAGAGAGAAAGCGAAAGAAAGCAGAGUGAACUUAGAUUGAAACUACAAAGAGAGAGAUCGUGAAAUAGGAGCAGAAAAGAGAGAGACAGAGGCUUCGCGGAGGUCUCAAAGUCAAACCGAAAGGAAACGGAGAAGAAAUUUGUGCGUCAAGUUUUAUUUUUGGGGGAUCGUGUGGUCGAUUGCGAUCGUGUUGAAGUAAUCGGAUGACAUGCCCGAUCGUCGGCGGCGAUCGGAGAUGUUCGUCGUCGGAGGCGGUGGAGGAAGAGGGAGGCGGUGGCGGAGGGAGUAGCUCCGGCGAGUCGGUGGCGGUUGAGAGAGGUAGUGGUGGAUGAUGAAGAAGGGAAAGGGAAAGAACAACGGCUUGUUGCCGAAUUCUCUGAGGGCCAUAUCUUCGUGCCUCAAGACCUUUUCCACGAAUGCCAGCACCGUCGCUUCCACGGUACGCUCUGCCGGCGCGUCGGUCGCCGCUUCUAUUUCCUCUGCUUCCUCCGAGGAUCGCAAGGAUCAGGUAACCUGGGCUGGCUUUGACAGGCUAGAGCUUGUUCCAUCUGUCUUCAAACAUGUUCUUUUGCUUGGUUAUCAGAAUGGCUUUCAAGUACUUGAUGUUGAGGAUGCCUCUAAUUUCAGUGAACUCGUUUCGAAGCGUGAUGGCCCAGUUUCAUUUUUACAGAUUCAGCCCUUCCCUGCAUUGACUGAUGGUAAUGAAGGAUUCAAAAUGUCACAUCCUUUGUUGCUGGUUGUUGCAGGGGAUGAAACCAAUAGUUCAAGCCUUGGUCAAAACCGUAGCAAUUUGGGUGGGUUAGGCAGAGAUGGUAACAUGGAGUGCCGAUCAGGAAACUGCACCAAUUCUCCUACAGCUGUUCGGUUUUACUCCCUUAGGUCUCAUUGCUUUGUGCAUGUCCUGAGAUUCCGGUCUGCUGUCUGUAUGGUUAGAUGCAGUCCUCUGAUAGUAGCUGUGGGUCUUGCAACACAAAUUUACUGCUUUGACGCUCUCACUCUCGAGAAUAAGUUCAGUGUUCUCACCCAUCCUGUUCCUCGGUUGGCAGGACAGGGAACUGGUGGGGUUAACGUUGGUUAUGGUCCGAUGGCUGUGGGUCCAAGAUGGUUAGCUUAUGCUUCCAACAACCCGCUGGUGUCUAACAUGGGUCGCUUAAGCCCACAAAACCUCUCUCCUUCUCCUGGAGUUAGUCCAUCAACAUCACCUGGCAGUGGGAGUUUGGUAGCUCGUUAUGCAAUGGAGUCUAGUAAACAGUUGGCUGCUGGAAUAAUCAACCUGGGGGACAUGGGAUGCAAAACUUUCUCUAAAUAUUGUCAAGAACUGCUCCCUGAUGGAUCAAACUCUCCUGUAUCACCAAAUUCAGGCUGGAAAGAUAUGGAUAAUGCGGGGAUGGUUGUUGUCAAGGAUUUUGUCUCCCGAGCUGUCAUAUCACAAUUUAAAGCUCAUACCAGUCCGAUAUCUGCACUAAGUUUUGACCCUAGUGGGACCCUUCUGGUUACUGCCUCAGUGUGUGGGAAAAACAUAAAUGUCUUUCGGAUAAUGCCAUCUUACAUUCGCAGUGGAUCAGGGGUUCAAAGUUAUGACUGGAGCUCUUCUCAUGUGCAUCUUUACCAGCUGCAUCGUGGGAUAACAUCAGCGAUAAUCCAAGACAUUUGCUUUAGUCAUUACAGUCAGUGGAUUGCAGUUGUUUCAUCCAAGGGGACUUGCCAUGUUUUUGUUUUGUCCCCUUUUGGUGGUGAUGCGGGGUUUAGAAUGCUUAGUUCCCAAGGUGAAGAGCCCUCCCUGUUUCCGGCUUUGUCUGCACCUUGGUGGUCUACUUCGUCUUGCAUCAGUAAUCAGCAAUCUUUUCCACCACCACCACCACCUGUUGCCCUCUCUGUUGUGAGCAGAAUAAAAUAUAGUAGUUUCGGAUGGCUUAAUACUGUUAGCAAUACUACUGCUUCUGCAACGGGAAAGGUUUUUGUGCCAUCUGGUGCUGUUGCUGCUGUUUUUCAUAAUUCUUUAUCUCAAAGUCUUCAGCAUACUAACUCAAAGGCUAAUACCUUGGAGCAUCUGCUAGUUUAUACUCCAUCAGGUUAUGUAGUUCAACAUGAACUUCUGCCGUUAGUUGGGGUCGAAAGAUGUGAUAGUGGUUCAAGGAACCAGUCAGCUUCAUUUGUACAUAUGCAGGAGGAUGAGUUAAGAGUGAAAGUUGAACCCAUUCAGUGGUGGGAUGCAUGCAGAAGGUCAGAUUGGCCAGAAAGAGAGGACUGCUUUUCUGGUACCAAUUUUCAUGGAAAAGAUGCUACUGAUGUGAUUCAUAAUAAAGCAGGUUCUGGAGAUAAAUAUGGAAUGGAUUUUCUGUACAUAAAUGAUGGUAUCCAGGGGAAAGAUAUGGUGAUGACUUCUGAAAAGUCUCAUGAAAGAUCUCACUGGUACAUAUCUAAUGCAGAGGUGCAGAUAAGCUCUGGAAGGUUACCAAUCUGGCAAAAAUCUAAGAUCUGUUUUUAUAUGAUGGAUUCUCCAAGAGUUGAUACUCUUGAUCAUGGAGAGUUUGAAUUUGAAAAAGUUCCCAUCCAUGAAGUUGAAAUAAGGCGGAAGGAAUUAUUGCCUGUUUUUGACCAUUUCCUUAGCAUCAAAUCAGACUGGAGUGACAGAGAGCUUUCUGGUGGAGGAUAUCCUAAUUCAUCAUCUUCAGAGCCUCAUCAAGGUGAAGGCAAGAUCACCGAAGAGACUGUUAUUUGUCACUCAAAGCCUGCAUCGCUUAGUUCGACUGAAAGCUCUGAUGGGGGUUCAUCAAGAAGAAUCGAGAAUUUGUUUGACUUGGAUCAAAUAAAUAGUGAGAAGUCUUAUGCAUCUGGUUGCCAAACUUUGAAUGAGAUUUACCUGGAAAGAAGAGGGAAUGCUAAUGUUGAGCCGUCUGUACUGAAGCGGAACUCCUCAAACAUUGUAUCUAUUCCAUCCGAGCAUCCAAAAAAUGUCGAUUCUCAAGUUGACUGUUGUGUCACAAGAGAAACCCCAUGUUUGAACACUGAUGGGAUAACUGAGGUCACAAAUUUUAGAUCUGACCAAUAUGCUUAUAAUAUGAAUAGUCUUGAUGAGGGCCUUGAAGCUGUGCACAAUCCAGUUGAUUUUGGGCCGUUGUUUAAGGCGGGGCACUUUGAGAUAAUGCAGAACAAUUGCCAUGGAUUAACUGAAGUUGGUACAGUUGAUGUUGACAGCAGCAGUAACCACUGUGAGAGGGAAAAACCAGGGGAGGAUGAUGACAUGCUUGGUGGCAUGUUUGCCUUUUCUGAAGAAGGUUGAUGCAUAAAUAAAUUAAGAAACGCUUCUGGGUUUGUGCCAUUUACGGAGUCAUCUCAUUGAAGAUCCGGAGAAAGGAGAAAGUUCCGCUUUAGGCCUUCAAGAUUUGGGAUGGUGUAGAAUUUUCUCACAAUCAAAAGUGAAACGCAGUGUAAAUAAAGACUGACGUGUUGGCAACUAAUUAAGCCGACGUGUUGCCUGAGUAUGUGCUUGUUCUGUGUCUCCUGUACAUUCUGUAGAUGGUAAUUCUUAAAUUUGUGCAGGUUGCUCGCUUCGGGGCAAGGAGGUAAGUUUAAAAACUCUUGGUAGAAAGUAUGAAAUGAGUUUACAUUUCCGGUCUUGAAGUUCCAGUCAAGACCGACCGUCUGUACAGAUGAAUUGGUGUGAGCAAGUUUUCUCCAGCUGUAUUAACGUUUUUUAUUUACCUCUGGGGGCAAAAAAGUAAACAAGUAUAAAGAAAAAGAAAAGGACGAGUUGACAUUGUA